AUGACAACGGAACUUAUAGCAACCACUCAACUAGAAAACAUUGACCCAAGUAAUGAAAAUAAUUUCAAAAGUUUAGAUGAUAUCUACCUUGGCUUGGGAGUAUCUAAACAGUUUUCAACAAAUGAAAUAUCAACAGAAAGAAAAAUGGAUUUCAAAAGAAAAUGCCGAAAUUUUUUGAUCAAAGCGUGUAUAGGCAUUCGCAAAAGAUUUGCACUAAAUGAGCCAGUGUUGGUCGGAAUAUCCAAACUAAACCCCGCAAGUUGUCUCAAUAUCGCAGAUCGAGAUGAGUCAAUUCAAAAGACACUAAACUUGAUGCCAAGAUUGGCACCGACUUCUAUGGACGAACAACAAGCUUUGGACGAUCAAUGGCGAAAAUUGCCAAAGUUAAAAGAACAAUUCGAUACAACAAUACGGCCUGACGAAUUCUGGCACAAGGUGAAACAGUUGGAAGAGUUCAGCACGAUUGGAAAAUACAUGCUCAAUAUCUUGGCUCUUCCGAACUCUAACGCGGAAUGCGAGAGAAUGUUUAGCCAAAUUAACGACACCAAAACGAAGAAACGAAAUAGAUUAAUAACUAGAACAAUAAGAGCCGGACAACGCACACCUUUUCGUGCCAACACAUCAGAUGCCGUCGAAGCAGCAACAACUAAAUCUCCAGCUAAAAGGCGUCUAGUGGACUACACAGAUUCCGAUUCCGAAGACGUCAUCAUGAAAGAGUUCAUACACCGGCCUGUCAACUACUCAGCUUCUCAUUCCGAAGACGACAUCAUGAAAAAGUUCAUACACCGGCCUAUCAUACAAAAACGUCUUCCAAUUUACUCAUCAUCUGAUUCAGAUAUUAUUGAUGAAAAUGUAGACCUUAACAACAUUGUUGUUCCUCAGUCUUCAGACUUUGAAGACGAAGAUAAUCUUCCAUUAGCACAACUAAGUAAUAAGACUCCAUUCCAGAAAUUUCUGCCGACUCCUGAUUAUGGGAUUACUAAAGACCGUCCAAGAAAGAAAGCCUUAAACUACAAAGGUCAAAGAAUCACUAAAGAUCUGUUUAACAAACAAGGCAACAGUUUAAUCAAAGAAAAGAAAAAAACAAGCAAGCAACAAGUUCAAAAACGUACAAAGAAAGUAUGCAAAAAAAAUAAAAACCAAGGAACCAAACAAAGAUCGCCAGAUGAAAGAUGGUAUUGUAACGCUUGUCAGGAAGAAAGAAUGGAAGAUAUGAGGAAAUGCAUUAAGUGCCUCAAAUGGUUUCAUGAUGACUGCGUAGGGCUCACCAAAAAUGAUGGAGAAGUAUUUAUAUGUCCUAACUGUGAUGAUUAA